AUGUCCGGAGUCCAAUCUCGCCAGCAACCUCUCCGCCUCUCUUUUCUUGUCACAUCGUCGCUCAUUCUUGCCACAACGUCCAUCUUGAUCACACCCGUCGCCGCCUCACCAAUCUCGCCUCUCGCCGCCGUCGGCCAGCAACGACGAGACAACAAUCCUCUCAACAUUGAGUGGGGUCCCGCGCCAGCUCCCGAAGACGGCCCUCCUCUCUCCGCAGGUGCGCUGAGAGACACGAAAUACCUGCCGAUCCAGAUUGGUGCCAUUGUCGGUGCCUACGGAGUCUCACUGGUGCUGGUCGCCAUCCUCAUCCUCAUUCUUUCCAAAAAGCGUCGCGAACACCUCAAAGCCGCCGACGAAGAAGAAGAAGACGAAGAGGACCUAGAAGCUGUCUUUUUUGAAGACGACAGGAAGCAGUUGCCGAAUCUCAUCAUCCCAACGCGGCCCGAAUCGCCACGCAGCAUCCCACGGAGUCCCGUUCGCAACUUCUCGUACCCGUCGCCAGACAGAAGCGAAUUCUUCCCCAGUCCGGUGACACCCUACAUCUCCCCUUCGCCCUCCUCCACGCUCCACGCCCCCGGUGUGAUUUCGCAGUCGACCAGCGUGUGGUCGCAGCCGACAGACACAUGGCUGCAAAACGCAGCCUCGAUGACAUGUACGAGGGUGCGCGGCAUCAGCAUCUCGUCUCCCAUGAUGACCCCGAAAUCCGCCACUUUCCCCCGGUAUGAGGCUCAAGAGAUGGACACCAUCCCUCCUCGUCACUAUGCCCCGCCCCCGCCACCUCCGGUCCCUACCGACCAGGUGCCCUUUGCCCUCCAGCGAGGACAGGUGCAGACCGCACCCAUCUCCCCCGAUCAAUCGCCAGAGAGCACGCAGAGCAUCGACGAGCGCAUCGGCUUCCAGCUGCCCCUCAGCCAACCGCCCAAGCACGGCAACCACCACCGCACUAUCUCAUCGGCCCCCACGGAGGCCGAUCCCAUCUCGGCCGCAUCCGACCAUUCCCAGACGCCCCUUGUCGGCCUUCCUACAUCCCCCAAGCCCCACGUCACGCGUUUCCCCACGCUGCCGGCCUCACCCAAGCCUGGCGCCACCUUCCAGCGUCCCAACGCCCCCUCGGCCGUUCGCACCGGCGGUGCCUUGCCCCUGCGCGCCUACGAGCCUUCUCUAGCUUCUCCAUCUAUGGUGGCACAUAACACCAAGCAGACGACGUUUGAGCGCACAGGUCCCCUCUCGCCGAGCGGCCUGCGCACGCCGGCUACGGGAGCCGCAGUGCCGUACUCUCCGUACCAGCCCUUCACCCCUUGUAUCCCCAUGACACCGUCUCUGGUGUCCAAGGCGGAUCGCAAGCGCAUGAAGCGUCUGGAGCCCAAGACGCCGACUAUGGAAAUGGUGCGCGACAGCGAGGACGUGUGGUAA